AUGGAGUACCAUUUCGUCCCACAAGAAGAACGUGCGCGAGACGAUAAAGGAAAUCUUCUACCAUGGGGUUAUGUCUACAAGGACGAAUCUCGCAACCCGCGCCGCCCUCCCGAAGAGUCGGGACCUUUUGGCCGCCGACGAAACGCUCGUUACGACCACGCUCGAUCGCGCACUCGCACAGGCACGCCUGCCAAGAAGGAAAAUCCCAGCGUCGCUGAAUUUAGCAGACUAUUUUCGCAGCAACAAGAAGAGGAACGCACCAACAACACUUUAUCCAAGUCUUCAUCGUCAGGUACUCUGGAAGGAUCAAGGAAAGUCGUUGAAAAAGUUGCAACUGAGUGCAUUCUCUAUGGGUACAAAAACAAGGAAAUAGAAUGGAAGGUUAUCGACAAAUACGAACGUAUCUCGCAAGGCAUGAUAUGUGAAGAUUAUCCUCGAAAUGACCCCUCUCUCUCCAAUAAGUACUCCCAGCUACUCAGUGGUGGCGAUGUCGUGAUCCGCGCAAACAUCUCUGCAGACGCCAAUCGCAAGUCGAAGCGUUAUGCAGGCGGACUUCACUGGAUCAAGGUUACGUUUGACUCUACGACUGCAGCCGAUCGCGCUUGUUUCUUUUCUCCUCAAGAGAUUGAUGGCUACCUCGUUUUCUGCGAGCUGUAUCAUGGACGCGGCCCUGCCGAGGACAUCGCUAUCCCCAAAGAGUCAGCUGAGGCCACUCGCACUCAUUCCAAAGUUCACCACACCCUUACAUCUUCCCACUCCACGGCCUUCCUUUCGAACCUCGAACCUGAGCGCUCGACGCUCCCUCGGUCUUUUGGUAUGGGAAAUCUUUCGACGAUUGGAGAUUUUGACGAAGGCGACUCUUCACUGUCGACCCCCACUGCUAGCUCAGCUACUGCAACUGCCGUAGCAGAACCUACCUCCGUUCUUCGUCAACGCUCUGUUCAGGAUACCCAAUUGGAACAACAGCCAGAGUCUGAAUUCAUGACCCACAUCCCUAAUGUUCGCCGAGCCGUGUUACGUCCUGUUAGUGAAGCGCUUCCUCCUCAACCAACGGUAACUGAACGUGUUUUGCGUUCUAUUCCAAUAUUGAGUUGGUUUACGGGCGAUAUAGUAGGUGACGGACCUCAACUUGGUGAUGAUGGAAAGUUUGAUUACAACAAGUCAACCUUUUAUUGGCGUUUUUGGUUCAUGAUUGACCAAGUUUUGGGCACUGAUAUUUGUGGCUUGAGAGAAGACUCUUGA